UCUCUGUUUAUAGAUUUAUUAUACCGACUUUGCGGCAUUCUGGCGCUCAAUGCUUGAGUAGUUAUAAAUAAAUAUAUAUAUUUUCAUUUGUACGAAAAAAUAUUAAUUGCCGAUUCAUAAAUUAUGAAUUUUCAAAUGUACGUUAGUCUGUAAAAAAGUUUUUUUGAAAAUAACGGAAGUAUGACUCUCCGUUGUUGUGCCCGCGUUUGUGAAUCUGAUGAAAAUACAACAGUUAACGGUGACAAAAUCAAAUUUUAUCGAUUCCCAUCGGAUAAGAAGUUACAGCAACAAUGGGAAAGUAUAUGUAAAAUAUUUGAUGGGAAAGACAAAAAUCAAAACCUACGAUUACUCUGUGAACUUCAUUUUGACAAAAAUUGUUUUAAUUCUGGAAAUCAGCUUAAACCUGAUGCAGUUCCUAAAAAUAAUAAAAUGAAGAGGACAGCAGAAUAUGCUGAACUUGAAUCUAUUAAAGAUGAAAAUCACAAAUUACCAGAAAUUUCUUCAGAAAAUAUAAAAGAAAGUUUGGAUAACAACAAUAAAAAUCAUAUCUAUGACACCACACGGCAACACGACUCGUACCGUCUAACAGUUCAAAUUGAUAAAAUUUACUUACGCCCUUGUCCAAAGUCUAAAAAAAUUAAUCAAAUGAAAAUCAAUUUUAAGAAACCUCUAAAAAUAGAAGAAGAGUUAAAUGAAGUUUCUCAUCAAUGCGUAAUAUGCAAAAGAACGUUUACAGUUAUAUCAGAACUUUAUAUACACCUAAAAGAACAUUUAACCUGUGAUAUAUGUAAAUCAGAAUUCUCAUCCAAAAAGUUAUAUUACAAACAUCGCAAACUACAUGAAAGUAAAAUAACACAAUUUCCUUAUAAAUGCCAUGUUUGCGAUUUGCUGUUUGAAACAAAAGAAGCUAUAAGUACUCAUAAUCAUGUAACAUUAGACAAGUAUAAUGAUUUAACUGGAAAAAACAGAAUUCAAUAUUGCAAAACUUGUAAUAUGACAUUUAGGAAUAAAUCUAUAUACAGGAAGCACUUAAAUUCACACGUUGAAAUGUCAUCCAUAACACAGAAUGCUGACCAGACAGUAACUACAUUAAUGCCAGCGGUAUCUGCUGUUGGACACCUCAGACCAGUCAUAUUUAAUUGUAGAGUUUGCAGUCAAAACUUUACUAGUAUAGCUGAAAUUGAUAAACAUACAAGAAAUCAUAUGAAAGAAUUGAAAUUCGAUUAUAAAGAAUAGCUCCAGUAAUACUAAAAAAUGUUUAAGAAGCUCC